CUUCUUUUUAAUUAGUUUAAGAUGAUGGUUUGUUCAGAAAUAAAUCAAAAAAGACUGAAAGUUAAGUAGAAAUGUGUCUAGAAAAGAAUGUCUAAUUUAUAAAUUAUAACAAUUUAAAAAGGGAGCAUCUCAUAAAAACUAUGCAAAAUCACAAAUUUAUUUUGAAUGAAUAUAUGACAACUAUACUAAAUAAAAGAGUAUGCAAAAAGUAAGAAGAUGCGGUUAAUAAUCAAAUAUGGAAUAAGACGCUAAAUUAAAAAACUGAUGAAAUUGGGUUAUGUAUAUGGAUUUACUUAGAACAUAAUAUGAGUCACAGGAGGAUAUUAGCAGAAUAAUGGAUUUUGUAAUUUAAAAGUAGUAGUAACAAGGGAAAUAAAGAAUGUGGGAAACAGUGUACAUUUGAAAAAAAUUAACUUUGUUGUAUGUUUACAAAGAGUUAAUUGUAUUAGAAUUUUCUAAGUAAGUAAUAGUGUUAUUAAAACUACUUACUGUAAAUCGUUAUUGAUCAUAAUGGUAAAAACUAGAAUUUAGAAUUAUAUAAAUGUUAUCAUUUAAACAUGUUAGAUGACUUGGAAAUAAUAGUUAGGUUUCAUUAACACUUGAAUUUGAGUGAGGAGAUAGGGAAACCCAGAUCAUUAUCAUUUUAGGAAUAGACAAUGAUUCCAAAGUAAAAUUAUAGAUUGAUGAGAUUCAAUUCAGAUUAAAUAAGAACAACUGAGAAGAAGGUAUUGAUGUAUUCAGUAGAAGAAGAAGUGACUUUUAUGAUAGAUGAAAAUUAGAUAGGGAGAGUGAUGAGUUAGAAUUCAGAUUCUGAUUAUAUGAUAUAAACAAUAGAAGAGGAGACAGAUGUGAGUGAAUGGUAAGUUAUUGAUCAUAAAUAAUAAUUUACAACUGAUUAAAAGAAGGCAUUAAGUUAUUUGAAAGAGAUAAGAAAUUUAUUCAAUUGUAAAUCAAAACAUAGUCAUUAAAUAUAAUUGGUUUUAGAAUUUAUUGAAUGA